AUGAGUACUGCGUUCUUAGGCAAUACCGUGUUAUGGGGAGACCCGAUCUAUGGUGAACCCCGUUUACUGCAACUCGCUGCCAACGAUAACGCUACAGAUGCUGUUGAAGCAGGACUUAAGGUCAUGUUGGAGCCUCAUAGGGGAGUAUUCUUGGGUCCAGUAAUGAUAGGGUUCAUAGCCGAUUUCGUCCUGUUAGGGGUGAUGCUUGCCCAGUUGAUCAAAUGGGGUUCGUACGCUGUCGAAGAUAGAUGGUUCAUCAAGAUCAUCGUAGCGUGGUGUACUUUGUUCGGAGCCAUUUCUUCAAUAUUUAAUUUGGCAUACAUUCAUCAUGUUUUUGUUAAUAAUUUCGGUAUCUAUACAACAUUUACAAGUGCAGACUGGAGUUCAUGGUUGGCUAUAAUUGCCUCGUCGACAUCUGCGGGAGUACAGGUGUUCUAUUGCGAUAGAGCAUACAAGUUAUCUGGGAAGAAUAAGAUCCUAGGUGGCAUAAUCUCGGCUUUCAUAUUGACAUCCAUCAUAGGUGGAAUUGGAAGCAAGAUCACUUUUGGAUCGACGACAACUCAGACGUCGGACGCGACAAAAGCCACCAUUCUCAUAUAUCUCUAUACCGCCGGAGCGAUGGCAGCAGAUUUUCUUAUCACCACCUCCAUCAUGUGGUCUUUAUCGAGAUCGAAAUCAGGGUUUGUCCAGACAGAUCAAAUUGUCAACAAGCUACUUGCUGUGUCCGCGGAAACUCAACUUCCCCCUACCCUCAUGGCUAUUUCGUUCCUUAUCAUCUUCGCAUACAAAACGACCAAAGCUGCAGCUCACCCUGACGAAAUCAUAAUUGAUGUAACUUCCAAUCUGACUGGAUUCUUCAUGAUGACCAUGCCCAAAACCUACGUUGUCGGCUUCUUGGCAGUUCUGAAUUCCCGAAUGAGCUUGAGGGCAGUCAUGACCUCCAAGGAUGCUUCAAGUCAACAACGGAAAGCAAACACGUAUCAACUGAAAAAGCGGACAGCCGAAGGCAAUGUCAAAGUGACUACCGAAACUUAUGUGCAAGCUGAAAGGUACGAUCCUGCCACUCAAGCUAUCGCUCGUCAAGAAGGAGAAUUGGAUAAGACACCUCAUACUUCUCAAACGGGACUUACGUUCGCAGACGCUUUAAAGGAAUCUCGAGUCUAG